AUGCUUGUUCUUGAUGACGUUUUCGCAAUGAGCUCGUUUCCUUCUUUGAAGAGAAUGAUGUUGUCACUAGCGAGUGGGAGCGCACGUGAACUAUUUUUGAAGAAUGUCUUGAUAUGUCCGGAGGGGCAUUCGCAUCCUGGACACCUUCAGAAAUUCGACGACAUAAUUCAAGAUCAAGUGAAACAAAGCAUCAUCAGCGAAGUCCCUCCAUCACAAUUCUACACGACAGGAACCUUCCUCUCUCAUCACGCUGUGAUCAACGAAUCGAAAAAGACAACGAAAAUGCGGCUUGUACACAAUGGCAGCGCGAAAGUGAAUGGAUCACCAAGCUUGAACGACUGCUUGUUUCGUUUGUUUCGUGAACCGGUAUUACUUCCCGAUUUAAGCGGCAUUCUAUUGAGAGUACGACUCGCAACGAUACUCCUCAUAGGAGACAUCGAAAAAGCCUUCCACACGGUAGAAUUGGAAGACUGCGAUCGACCCUUCACGAAGCUUUUGUGGCUCAAAGAUCACCGAAAACAUCCAUCUCAAGAAAACGUAACCACUUUCUACUUCAAGUGCAUUCCUUUUGAACUGAAUUGUAGCCCCUUUUUACCAGCGGCGACGCUUCUCGACAAGGGGGCGUAG